AUGCUGGGCAAAGACUACAUGCUGGCCAUCGUCCUCGUCAACUGUGACGACAACCUCUGGAGUGACCAGAGCUUGGAGACAGACCCCGACCUCCCCCCAGGCUGGAGAAAGAUCCGUGACUCUCUGGGUACCUACUACUGGCAUGUACCGACCGGAACGACGCAGUGGCAGCACCCUGCACACACCACGGGCCCAGAAAGGGGCCCAGAGGCUGAUGGAGAGGAAAUGCUCCAGGGAACGGACUGCAAGGGCCCUGGGGUGAAGCACUCAGCAAAGGACAGGCCCAUUGCCAGCCCCAUGGCUUCACUCUCACGGAGGACCUCGCUGACCUGGCACAGAGACGAUUCCCAGCCCAGCGCAGAACUCGGCUCCAAGUGCUUCGCUGUGCGCUCGCUCGGCUGGGUGGAGAUCCCCGAGGAGGACCUGGCACCUGGCAAGAGCAGCAUCGCUGUCAACAACUGCAUCCAGCAGCUCUCCAAUGGCAAGGGCCAGGGCUCUGCAGAGAACAGGGGUGAGGGCCAGGACCUGGUGAUGAUCCUGAAGAAGGACACCAUGAGCCUGGUGGACCCUCUCGACCACAGCCUCGUCCACCGCCAGCCCAUCCUCAACAUCCGUGUCUGGGGCGUUGGCUGCAACAACGGCAGGGACAGAGACUUCGCCUUCGUGGCUAGUGACAAGGACACCUGCGUCCUCAAGUGUCACGUCUUCCACUGCAAUGUGCCUGCCAAGGGCAUUGCCAAGGCCCUGCAUGAGAUGUGCUCCAAGAUUGUUGCCGAGCAAGCCGUAGCCAGCAACAGGCUGCCACGCGCCGACACGCUGGGGCCUGUCUCCACCGAGGACCUGCCACUGCAAGUGGAUAUCCUGGAAGCGGUGAGGCAGUCGAUGCAGACCUACGAGGCGCUGUACAUUGGCAGCCUGCCCGUGCCCAGAGCCAUGGGGAUGGACGUGCUGAACGAGGCCAUCGAGAAGCUGACGAGGGGCCCCGGGAGGGAAUGCUGGACGCCCUCCCUCAUCCGUGUGUCCGACACGGCCAUGAGGGUGCACCCCGCGCAGGUGGGCAGGAGGACAGCACGGGGGGCUCCGGCAGAGACUAGCAGUCGGCUGCCGCCGCGGUGGGAUGGGCAGCCCCUGCGGGACUGGGGAGUGGCAGGGCUGCCCGGGGCCUGGCCAGGGGCAGAUGGGCCCACGGGGUCCCCGCCGCAGGAGGAGGAAGCAGCACACAUCUGGGAGUGCCAGGUGCGGUACGUGACCUUCCUGGGAGUGGGCCGCGACGCUCACACCUUCGCGCUCAUCGUGGACACGGGGCGACGCUUCCAGUGCGCGGCCUUCUGGUGCGAGCCCGACGCCGGCACCAUCUCGGAGGCGGUGCAGGCAGCCUGCAUGGUGCAGUACCAGAAGUGUCUGGUGGCCGCUGCGCCGGGCGCUAAGGCGAAGGGUGCGAAGGGUACGACAGGCCGGGACCGGCCCGGGCCGGCGGCCUCGGGGGACGCCGCCGGAGGGGCGGACAAGGCGGGCGGGGGCAGGGGCGGGGCGGCGGCGGCCACCGCCCGCAAGCGGGGCCUCUUCUCCUUCCUGGAGGCGUUCCGCCUCCGGCGAGCCCUCCUGCACAGCCCAUAG